GACAGGCCUCCCGCCGCAGGACCACUGUCCUCCGUCCACUGGGUCGUAUCGGCCCUGAGCCGACUAAAUGCCGUCGGAAUCUACCUGGUAGCGUCGCUGGCAUCGGUUCCUUCUUUUUCUUCAUCAUCAGUCUCUUUCCCUGCUCUCACUGUGCUUCCUAUCCCUAACCCCCUCUACACCCUCUCCGGUCCGUUCCUGUUCAUUGUUUUCACUAGUCGGGGUUCUUUUCAGGAAUGAGUAUCGCCUCAUCGACAUCCCUCCCCGUGAGGAGGGCACUGGGCUCUCGUAUGCGGUACUCUGCUCCUCGCCUCUCAUUAGGGUCGUCUUCUAUCCGACGAGCAUUCUCGACUACCCUUUCGCGUGAUGCAACCUGGGGGUUCAUCGGGUUGGGUCAAAUGGGCUAUUCUAUGGCGAAGAACCUGCGAGCAAAGGUUCCUCCUUCAGAUACUCUAAUUAUCCGUGACGUCAAUCCCGAAACGACCGAGAGGUUUGUUGCCGAGUCCAAGGAGCUGGCCAAGAGCAGUGGGGCGGGGGAAGAUGCCUUCAGAGUCGAGGUUUCUGCACAUCCCAGGGAAGUUGCUGAGAAGUCGACAGUGGUUAUCAGCAGUCUUCCCGAGCCACAGCACGUCAAAGAUGUCUUCUACAAUAUCUUGAAACCCGGAAAGCUUCCCACCUUGGAGGAGGAACGGUUAUUUAUUGACACUUCGACCAUUGACCCCCCAUCAUCUAGAGAGGUAGCAAAUGUCAUCCACGGGACUGGUUCCGGCGUGUUCGUCGACGCGCCAAUGUCAGGUGGAGUCAUCGGAGCACGCGCCGGCACAUUGACCUUCAUGUUUGGCGCCUCAUCAAACGGAGAAGUCGUGAAACGGGCAACGUCGAUCCUACUCCUAAUGGGCAAGUCCGCCCUGCAUCUUGGUCCACAGGGUUCCGGUCUAGCUGGUAAACUAGCCAACAACUACAUCCUGGCCAUUAACAACAUUGCAGCUGCAGAAGCCAUGAAUCUGGGUAUCCGCUGGGGUCUUGACCCCAAGGUCCUGGCUGGUCUGGUCUCCUCCUCCACCGGUCGUUCUUGGCCGAUGGAUGUCAACAAUCCUGUUCCUGGUGUUGUCGACACUGCACCAUCGUCGCACGGAUAUGAGGGCGGUUUUGGUAUCAGCCUGAUGAACAAAGACCUUAGAUUAGCCAUCGCGGCAGCCGAAGAGUCCGCUACUCCUCUGACUCUGGGUGCCACGGCUCGUGAGGUAUACAACGCCGCUGAGGAACAAUAUCGUGGUAAGGACUUCUCUGUGGUAUACAAGUGGCUUCUAGAUAAGUCGGAAUAGUGUGUGAGCAGUAUGAGUUGUGGUUGAUAGGAAAGACCCUCUUCAACCUGUCUUCAGUAGCCCUUUUUGGAUGAGUAAUAUCAGUGCAUAUUCAAUUUGACUGGAAUUAGCAAUCGAUUUAUGUCCACUACGCAAUGUCCGUUUUUAUAUAAGGGGAUGUUCAGGUCCAAGGGUAUGGUAACCUUAAGCAUUGAACCAGUCACCUGUUGGAAUCCGGUUAACUCCGUUAUCAUAUUCCUUACUUUGAUAGGAAAUUGGAACAAAAGCGUGAUGCUAUAGCGUAAAUAAUUUCAAGGUCAAAGAACGGGCUGAACAUUGAACAAUCUGAAUGAGACGACUUUUGGAUGGAUGAAGGUUAAGAGAUG